AUGCACCCCGUCCUUUCCAAUCGCUAUGAGAUUCUCGGGCAAAUUGCGCGGUCUCGCUGUUCUGUCAUCAUGCUUGCAGUGGAUAGUACGCAGGAGGAAGCGGGGCCCGUGGUUGUCAAGAAGUUUGUUCUUCCUUUACCCACAGAGGAGUUGGCUCGAGCCUUUCAAGCGGAACUUCUCAUGGCCCGCAGCCUCAGGAAUAAGUAUCUCGUGCCCUAUUUGGAUACAUUUUUCGAAAAGCAGUGGGCUGGCUAUUUUGCUGUUAUGCCUUACUAUAAAUCACAGAGCCUCUACGAGCAAAUUAGGCACCGGAAAACAAUACAGAAGCCAUUUGAGGAGGCAAGCAUUUGGAUAUUUUUGGCCUCUAUGCUAGACUUGUUUGUGCUUCUGCACGGUUCUUCUAAUAUCGAGAGCCUCUCUUGUCCACACAAUUACGUUAUUCGCCCUGAUAAUAUAUUUGUCUCCAAAUACGGUAUUUUUCAGCUCCAUCGCUUUCAUCUAGGUAAGUAUGAACACUUUCGGACAAAUAAACCAAAGCUUACACCGUGCUAUCAUGCGCCAGAAGUAAUUGGGGGCAAGAACUGGUCUAUCAAGUCAGAUGUAUGGUCUGUGGCCUGCAUUGCGUAUGAAAUGUGUACUUUGCGGCCUCUUUAUGAGCUGCUGGAUGUCAGCGAGCUGUUUGGGCUUAUUAAAGAUGCGAGACCAACCUUUAACCUGAGGGGAUAUUCACGUGAGAUGCAGGAUCUGCUUAGUACUAUGCUGGAUCCCAUAGCGAGCAGUCGAGCGUCUCCGGAAUACUUACUAAAGAAUUCCACGUUGCAGCAUUAUAAAGAAAUGCUUGUGUGUGCCGGGAACGGAGUAUGUUCCUGUGGCGGAAACGGAAAGGUAUGCUGUGAUCUUCAAACAGAUUGUUUUUGUCCAACGUUUGUGCACAGGAAUUACGCAGACGCGGCGGAGGCACUUUCUUAUGGUCUAGCCGACCACACAGAUAGGCAAGUACCCCUAGAGUCACUGAAGAAAGGAGCUGCUACUUGGCACGUUGAGACACGGCCUAUGGAGCCAAUAUCUUCUUCUAAGUCUCAGCUAACUGUUACAGCCAUGAAUAAAGAUCCGAAAAUACACGCUAAAAACGACUAUAGCAUUAUGGAUUUCAGCCUUCCGCAUGGAUGCACAGGCGACAACAAAGGAAGUAACGUGUAUCGUGACGAUGAUGUUAGAAACUUUUCUCCUUUUGACAGAAGGUACUGGAAGGGGGCUACUACCGACUCUCUUCCAAAGAGUGAUAGGACAAAUGACCCUAACACACAAUCUCUAUCUGUCAAGGAGUCGUUCGACAAUGUUCUGCAGCACAAAAAGGUGUCUCCAGACACUCAGGGUUUUUCGAUGUCAUUACGGCCUCACCCAUCUGUUGACAGCCUAAUGUAUGCCGGCCAGAAGACGUUUCAUUAUUCAAAAGAUCCUGUUGUCCUAGAGUCAGUAUCCUAUGAAAAUGACCGACAACAGAGUCGUCGGCACUCGCAGAAGUCAGUUUCUCCGGUAGUGGUGGAAAUGUCCCCAAUACAGCAUGUGCGAUCUAGUCACACUCUCAAGGGUGGUGGCUAG